UUAUAUAGCCAAUUCUAUCAUAUUAGAUCACCUCCAAAAUCACAGUUUACAAGGUGGCAAAGUCAGAGAAGGCAAACACCAUAUUCAGUACUAACUUCUCUUUUAUCAGUUUAGUUAUUCCCUGUAAACAUUCCUGUUUUCAGUGUAAUUAGUUAGCAUAACCAAGUAAACUAGUAGGAUAACCUUAUCAUUUACUAAAAAGAAUUCUGGAGAAGCUUUCAGCUGUCAUAGAACAUUAUAUAUGUAUCUAGGAUAAUGGCAGAAGAACCUGUUAAUGUCAAUGGAUUUCGAGAACUAGCGAGGCAAACCCUUCCAAAGAUGUACUAUGAUUUCUUCACUGGAGGAGCUGAAGAUCAAUACACCUUAAAGGAGAAUGAAGAAGCUUUUCAUAGAAUCACUAUUCAGCCUAGAAUUCUUGUAGACAUGAGCAGCAUCGAUUUAUCAACUAUGGUAUUGGGUUACAGUAUCUCAAUGCCAGUCAUGAUAGCUCCAACUUCUAGACAUAAGCUGGCAAACCCUUCAGGAGAGAUUGCAACGGCCAGAGCAGCAUCUACAUGUAACACAAUAAUGGUUUUAUCUAUCUCAUCCACUUGCACUUUAGAGGAAGUAGCUGCCUGCUGCAAUGCCGUUCGCUUCUUCCAAUUAUGCGUGUAUAAGAGACGGGAUAUAACAGCUAAGCUGGUGCAAAGAGCUGAAAAUAAUGGAUAUAAGGCCAUUGUCCUAACCGGUGACUCUCCAAGACAUGGUCGAAGGGAGGCUGACAUCAAGAACAAGAUCAUUAUACCAGAACUGAAGAAUGUGGAGGGUUUAUUGUCGACUAAGAUUGUCGCUGAUAAAGGUUCAAAUUUAGAUGCUCUGGCCAAUCAGACCCGUGACCCUUCAUUCAGUUGGGAGGACAUCGGAUGGUUGAAAUCCAUCACAAAAUUGCCAAUUCUGAUCAAAGGGUUACUCACUCAUGAAGAUGCCUUGAAAGCUCUGGAAGUAGGUGCUGCUGGGAUUAUUGUCUCCAAUCAUGGAGGUCGCCAACUUGAUUAUUGUCCUCCAACCAUUUCUGUUCUUGAAGAGGUGGUUCAUGCUGUUGGUGGAAAAGUUCCGGUUUUCCUGGACGGAGGAGUGCGGCAAGGAACAGAUAUUUUCAAGGCAAUGGCUCUUGGAGCACAAGCUGUCCUAGUCGGAAGGCCAGUUCUGUAUGGACUAGCUGCAAAGGGAGAAAAUGGAGUUAGACGAGUCCUUGAAAUGCUGAAAGACGAGCUUGAACUCACAAUGGCCCUUUCUGGUUGUUCCAAUGUGAAGGAAAUUACCAGGAGCCAUGUCAGAACCAAACAUGAUAGGCAGCUCCUCUCAUUGCUUUAAUACUUUAUCCACUACAAACAUCAAAUAGCCUAUGUGCUCUAUGUUCUGUUAAUAUUGGAAGUAAUGAAUGGUAAUAUUAUCUCAUAAACUGAGAAAAAAAAUGCAUAAUAAUGAUAAAAUUAUAAACUAACGAAUUAUAAAUUUGUAAAAGGUUAUAUUCUUCAUAAAUUUGGUACUUUUAUUUUCAGUA